UCGUAUGUCCAUUUGUUUAACAACCCUUUACUCCAUCAGUCGGUAACUCUCAUUGGAGGAUGCUUGUCGCUGCUAACAAACAGCUCUAUAUAACGCUUCCCAAGCGCCAAAAAAUGUUGUUGUCUCGGUCCAUCGUCAAUGCCGUUCGGAGCCAGAAUCCGCCUGGUCGCUUCCUUCAAAAGAACGGGAAAACGAAGCUCUGGAACGAUGUGGGGGAUCAGCGCGCUCAAGAAAAGACGUCGCAGGCCCUGCGAGAGGGUGCCCCCGAUAUUCGAAAAAAGGUCGCCGCUGCAAUUACAGCAUCUACAUCGGGGGAUUCCAAUUCGGGGUUCAUGAACGAAACAGUGACGUCAGCACAAAUUCCCGUACCCCCCUCUGCGCCGCAGCACCAACAAACCGAUGCCACAGAUCCUUCAAAAAGCCUACCUAGCAAUGGAAGGAUGACGGCACGAGAAUCCCAACAACUUUACCAGCAUCAGCAGCAACAACAUGCACUUGAUAACAGCAACAAUAAUAUGUACGGUAGGAAUGGAAUGUCUUCUGGAGGUCACGGCCACAUGAACCUGAACGAACGAGGAAGGAUGGUUCAGAAUGCCGUGAUGAUGGCGAAUAAUGGCAUGAACGUGAACGGUCAACAUUGUGAACAAAGCAACAACAACAUCCAGAAUUUUCAGAUUCAUCAGCACCCCUAUCAACAGCAACAACCUUCGUACAACCGAUAUCAGCAACAUCAACACCAAAACUUGCAUCAUCAAGAACAGUAUCAACCGCAGAAUCAGCAGCAGCAAUUGGCAUAUUACAAUAAGCAGAACAAACAGCAGGAAAGUAACAACACUACUACUGUGCCAACACCGACGGUUGACGAAUUAUCGGCUGCUACUCCAGUCGAGUUGGAAACUAAUGGACUUAGCUUUGGUUCAAUUGCCAUGACGGAUGAUGAGAUGCAUCUAUUGCAACAAGCCGCCACUAUCAGCAGGAACAACCCCGCCGACCAGCAAUAUUCGAUUGAAAAUAUGAGUAAGAAUGGCCGUCAUAACCAGCGACAUUUGGUGUCGAGAGAAUAUGAAAAUAAUAACAUCGACAGCAAUGUCAAUAAAAAUAAUGAUAUUAUCAACAGCAGGAGCGCAGUACCCGCCGCACCCACGGGUGAAACCUUAGAACCGACGGGAACAUCAAUCGGCGAUAUAUCUAUGAUGAGUGGGGGAACAAAUUUUUCGAAUUUCCAAAUGAAAUUGGAUCCAAAUGCAGGAGGUACUUCAUUUGGAACAAUAAUGUCCUACAACAUGCUGAACAACAGCGACCCGAACAUGGUCGAUGGCGGCCUCAUGGAUGUCGUCGGAACUUCCUUUGGCUCAAUGUCUUUGGACAAAAACAGUCGGGACAAUCUUUUUCGGACACUUGAAAUUGCCGGGGGUGGACGGGAGGUACCUCCCAUGUUUAGAAAUGAGACCAAAGCGUUCGGGAAUCUUCUCGAUUGCAGCGACACAGAAUCAGAAUCCUCUCGCGACAAGGAUCAGUUGACGAAGCAAAAGUCACAAGCCUGGGAAAUCAUGAAGACGACACUGGAAAAGCAGACAUCAAAGGAUUUAAUGCCUCCACCUUUGGGGAGAGCCCCACACGAAAACAAUGCCCCACAACCCUCUUCUGUCACCUCUGGCAAUCCCCACCCUGUCUUUGACAAUGUUGAGAUUGCUCUUCCCACCACGACUAUGGAACCCAACCUUUCGACGCUGUCGGCAUGGAGUGCAGCGGAAGACGACGACAGUGCCGCCGUUGUAGCAAAGAAUCAAAACGCACUCAGCACCAACCGCGAAGACGACGAGGAGGGCGACGCAGCUGCCACGCCCGCACCACCGCCGCCCCAGCUAACGAAGACGGAUUCGUUUUGACUGAACAUCAUCUAGACCGUGUCGAUUUUUUUCACACAUGGAUGUCGAUCACUCACGUGCCUUCUGCUUGACGACCUAUCAAAAUCGCGUAAGUUUGUGCUCUUUCUUUGCGGUAGAGCAAUAGAUUUAGAGACCGCUC